AUGCUAGGGUACUCAUCAGAGAAAAAACUUCUUGCUUUGUUUGAAGCAAUCAGAGACGGCGAGCAAUAUCAAGAGUCAUUGAGACAAAGACUCUGCUCCAAGCCAGGAUUUGCCCCAUAUUCAGCAUUCAUGAGAAUAGACAGAGAUGGCGAUGAAAAACUCAGAACAACAGAAAUACUUGACUUCUUCUCUGACAACAGAGAGUACACUAUCAGAUUCUCCGACUGCGAGCAACUCAUUAAGUAUUAUGAUCUUGACAGAGAUUUAUGUCUAUCUUAUCAAGAAUUCCAAUAAGUCAUUUUACCAUGCGAGGAUAAUGGACUUAGAAAUCUUGCUCUUGGCAGAGCUCCAUUUAGAGUACCUAGAUAUGAAAAGCUACCAGUAGAUAUGGAGUAUCAACUUAAUUCAUUGAUGUACAGUGAAAUUAAAUUCCUAAGAAAACUCUAAGACUUGAGACAAGACUUAGCUUUAAGUUAUGACUUCUCAACAUAUGCUGCUUUUAGAACUGUUGACAGGUACAACUACGGAGCGAUUGAUGCUGACAGUCUAAAGACCUUCUACAAACUCAACAACAAAUUCCUUUCUGAUAAAGAGUCGAUUGCCAUUGUGAGAAGAAUUGACACUGAUGGAGACAGUAAGAUUAGCUACAGUGAGUUCUCAGACUUCAUUAACAAUCAACUUGACAAGUCAGCUCUGCUUUAUGAAGCCCCAAAGAAACUUAGUGAGUCUCAAGCAAAUUAUGGAUUCAAGAAUGAUUAAUCUCUUCUUAUCAGAGAGAACAAUGCUACUCCACUCAAACCAGCUGCCUAGAAGAAGAGAUCUCAAACAACUGAGAAGAAGAAGAGAAACCAAGUCCAGUUCGAAAGAGAAAAUGAGCAAAUAAAUGAAGAGAAUCAAGAAGAGGAAGAGGAGGAAGCUCAACCAGAAAACCAAAACGACUAAUCUUAGGAGAAAAUUGAGGCUAAGAACGAGGAAUCUUAGGAACAGGAAGAGGAGAACAAUAACUUCCAAACACCCUCAAAGAAAAACGAUGAUCAGAAUGAUAAUGGUCUUCAAUUCAAGUCAGAGUUAAAGACUGCCGAAAAGAGUGACCUCGAUUAAUCACCAGAUUAAAAUCAAAGCCAAAUGAACAAAUCAGAACUAUCAGUUGAAAAAUCAAGACCAUCUUAUAGCAACUACAGAGUUGUGAACCUAAUUGAAGAUGUGCUCAGAUUAGAAAAACAACUUGAGAAUUCAAAGUAAAUUCUUGCUCUUAAAUCAGACUUCAACCUUUUCGAUGGUUUCAAAGUCUUCGAUAACCUAGGUCUAGGCUACAUCAACGAACUUGACUUCAAGAAAGCUCUUUCAGAGAUCGGAAUCUAUGCCACUUAUGAUGAAGUCUCACUCUUCUUCAAGAGAUAUGAUACUGAUAGAGAUGGAAGACUCAGAUUCUCAGAGUUCAUUAAUGCUCUUCUCCCAAAUGAUCAUUACCAUGCCUCAUUAGUUAACAGAAGAUCCAGCAAUUUGGUGAGAUCAAUUCAGAGAGACGAUUGCUUCACAUUUAGUACAAGACUUCAAUUCCAAGACUUAUUCAGAACUCAUUUGUCUGUUGAGAGACAACUUGACUUGAUCAGAAACAAGGAGAAGUACAUUUCCUCAAGCACUUUUGAUUAACUUGACCUUAACAAAGACGGCAGAGUCACUAGAUUCGAAGUACAAAAAUGGCUUGAGGACAGCAGAAUUUAUGCCAAUUAAAAUGAUCUAGACCUUUUAAUGAAAAAGUUUGACUCUGACAAGGACGGUAGAAUUUCAUACUCUGAGCUUGCUGAUGAACUCAGACCUAGAAAUCCAGUUUAUUGA